AUGGUGAAGGCUUUCUUUUAUGGAACCCGUCCAUCCAGAAGUUCAAGAGGAUCCCCUCGUCGCCAUAUAGUAUUCACGGCCAUGAAGACAGCUAUGGUGGAUUCGGAUCAUGAAAGGAUGAUAAUUCUAACCCUUGAUCUCGCAAGCGAGGACUUAACCGAGCUUCCUAUACCCUUCCAUAUGUUUCCUGAUUUGAUUUCUCUCAAAUCAGGCACAUCUGAUUUGGCUGAUUUGAUUUCUUUAGUAGUGAUGGGAGGGAGGACUCCAGCCGUCUUAUCGGGACGUGAAAACCGAUAA